AUGGUGAAAGAGAUAGAAAUUGUUUCUGAAGAGAGAGUAGCUGUCAUCGGAUCCGGUAACUGGGGUACGGUAGUAGCGAGAAUCGUAGGGAGAAAUGUAAAACGAUACGCCGAUUUCCAUCCAGAAGUGAAGAUGUGGGUGUUUGAAGAACUCAUCAAAGGUCGUAAACUCACCGAGAUUAUCAACCAACAACAUGAAAAUGUAAAAUAUCUACCUGGUUUCAAGAUUCCUGAGAAUGUGGUGGCCGUUCCAGAUUUGUUGGAUGCCACAAGGGAUGCUACUAGUUUGAUCUUCGUUGUGCCUCAUCAGUUCUUGCACGAUAUAUGCAACCAACUAAAAGGUCGCACGCAUCCAAAAGCCAAAGCCAUAUCAUUGGUCAAAGGCUUCAACACCACUGAUUCCGGCAUCCAACCAAUGUCCCAGGUAAUCGAGGAUAUCCUUCAAUUACCUGUUUGCACACUGAGCGGUGCUAACAUUGCCAACGAGAUUGCUGAAGAAAGAUUUUCGGAAACCACCAUCGGAUACAAAUUCCGCGAGGAAGGUGAACUAUUCAAAAAACUCUUGGAAACUCAUUACUUCCGUAUAGGCAUCGUGAAUGAUGUGGUGGGCGUAGAGUUGUGUGGUGCACUGAAAAACGUGAUCGCCGUUGGUGCGGGUAUCAUCGAUGGCCUGAAGAUGGGCGACAAUACUAAGGCAGCGAUUAUCAGGAUUGGAGUACUGGAGAUGAAAUCCUUUAUACAACGGUUUUACAAAGGCGCUAAAGAUGAGACAUUUUUUCAGAGUUGCGGAUUGGCCGAUGUUAUUACCAGCUGUUAUGGUGGAAGGAAUCGAAGGAUUGCUGAAGCCCAUGUGGUUACUGGAAAGUCAUUUGAGCAACUGGAAAAAGAACUUCUCAACGGUCAAAAAUUACAGGGCCCUCUUACAGCAAAGGAACUUAACAGAGUAUUGUCCCAUAAAGGGCUAGAAGACGAAUAUAAAUUAUUCACUGCAAUAUAUAGAAUCGUCUACGAGGGACUCCCACCACGGAAGAUUUUCGAUCAAAUUGUAUAA